AUGGAGCUUGAGAUCAGUUCAUCUGCUUCAUUAGAAACUGUUCGUGCUGUCUUAUAUGGUGACGUCAUACCGGAACCGAUAACCUUCACAUCAGACUAUGUUCUCAUUCGGUUCAGCAGCCGAACGUACUACAUCCCUGAUAUCACCACAGGAUUCAAAGCUCAUCUAUACGCUGACUGUGAAUCAGGUGUUUCAUCUGCUACGACCACCGGGCAGCCAAGCGAGGGAACCGCUGCCACUCAGCCAACUACCGUCAAUGCUACAACACCAGUCUCAUCACGUAACUCCAUGGUCCCAUCUACACCAUCUGCAGUAGUUCCCAUACAGCAGAAUGUAACGAAUGGUACAACGGGUGAGCUUCUCCGCCGCUCCUACGCCAUCACAGACCGGGGAAUGGUGCAGAUGUUCCGUGAGUGGGUUGAUGUACAGGGCCAGGGCGCCCCCAACGAUUUCUGCAGGGUCGUGCGCACCGAUGGAAAGUCAUUCCUUUCAUGUCUUCUCGCUGGAUCUGAAGAAGAUGAUUUACUAGCCUAUACUUCCCCCAACCCCUCCGUAGAAUGGUUUGAUCCAGGUUAUUCCAAUACAUGGUACAUGAAGGAUGAGGAUAAUGAUGGGCGAGACGACUAUUGCAGGUAA